AAUUGAAAUUUGAUGUCGAUGGUCGGCUCUUAUCUAACCGGCUGCACAGUCUCGGGGAAAGUAACAAAUUUAAAAAAAAAGUAAUAAUUCAAAGAAAGACAGAGCAUGAGUUGUGGAAUACAGAGGCUAUUCAUCAUGUUGAGUGUACGGUGACAGGUGUGCUUCACGGAACCCUCACAAGCUUGAGUGACUCCGAUCAAACGCAGGCGAUCUUUCUCAAAUUCAUAGAUUGGCUUUUAGGCGGCAGUGCACGGCGGCGACGCUCCGCUGCCAGCGAACCGAACCGCGGAGAAAAUCUGAGGGGAAACCGGAGAGCGGCGGCUGGGCUGGCCGCGGGGGGAGCACGACAUCAGGGAGAGAGAAGGGGAGGAAGGUGGGGGGGAAGUAUGGCAAUUUGCGGCAUAGAUCAAGGGGCGAAGUGUGGUCAGCGGUAGCCGAGAAACAUGCCCGAUCCACCCCGUGCGCUCUCCCACUACUAGUGUUGGCUCGACGUCAGAUGCUGUGCGGCAGUGCAGCAGGAGGAGCUCGGGCUGGCGAGGCUGCCGACACCGCCGCUUUUCGCUCACUCGCACACACUCUUCACUUGGUCACGCUGGAUCUCCACAAACCUCACCCCCCUCCUCCUCCUCCUCCUCCUCCUCCUCCAAUCUCUGCCCGUGUCUUCUCUCAGCAGAUGGAUUUCUUCAAGCUCUGCCCUGCCUAACAUGGAUGCCCAGCCACCUCCACCACCACCACCUCCACCAUCAUCUUCCUCAGCUGAGUCGGAGGGCUGUUUCUUCUUGGCGCAGUGAGCUGGACACGCAGUGUUUUUUUCUUUUUUUUUCUUUUUUUUUUUUUUCCUCCUUCUUUGGUUGCCCAAAUGGAUGAGGGGAAACCGCUGCCCAGCCCGCCGGUGGUGAUCAUGCCGUGAUAUUGUUGCCUCCUUGCUUUACAUUAAAGGGGUAAAAGAGGAAAAAAUAAUUCUGGGGAAUAUACCGAUUCAGGGAAUAAAAAUCCUGUGCACCACACAAGCACCAUGAAGAUUACCUCCCUGCUGAUGUUUAAUGCCAGAGUCAGGUGCACCGUCAGGCUUCUACUGCUGCUAUUACACUGUGUGGGAUAUUCUCAUGGGAUGCCACACGUCUUGAGAUUCGGGGGGAUAUUUGAGUCCAUUGAAAGCGGCCCGUCAGGCGCUGAGGAACUAGCCUUUAAAUUUGCUUUAAACACAAUCAACAGGAACAGAACCCUACUGCCAAACACCACGCUCACCUACGACAUCCAAAGGAUAAACAUCUAUGACAGCUUCGAAGCCUCCAGGAAAGCCUGUGACCAGCUUUCUCUGGGGGUAGCGGCCAUUUUUGGUCCCUCUCACAGUUCCUCGGCCAAUGCGGUCCAGUCCAUUUGCAAUGCCCUGGGGGUGCCGCACAUCCAGACCAAAUGGAAGCACCAGGUCUCGGACAACAGAGACAUCUUCUAUGUUAGCCUCUAUCCGGACUUCUCUUCCCUCAGCCGGGCUAUCCUGGACCUGGUCCACUUCUUCAAGUGGAAGACAGUCACUGUGGUUUAUGAUGACAGCACUGGUCUGAUUCGGUUGCAAGAACUCAUAAAGGCGCCCUCCCGGUACAACAUCCGGUUAAAGAUCCGGCAGCUGCCCGCAGAGACCAAGGAUGCCAAGCCGCUGUUAAAGGAGAUGAAGAGGGGGAAGGAGUUUCACAUCAUCUUUGACUGUGGCCAUGAAAUGGCUGCUGGGAUCCUGAAGCAGGCUCUCGCCAUGGGAAUGAUGACAGAGUAUUAUCACUAUAUCUUCACCACACUGGAUCUGUUUGCGCUGGACGUGGAGCCUUACCGAUACAGUGGUGUGAACAUGACAGGCUUUAGGAUUCUCAACACUGAGAACAGCCAAGUGGCCUCCAUCAUUGAGAAAUGGUCCAUGGAGCGUCUUCAGGCUCCACCUAAACCUGACUCUGGUCUACUGGACGGCUUCAUGACCACGGACGCCGCGCUGAUGUACGAUGCCGUGCACGUGGUGGCCGUGGCUGUGCAGCAGUCUCAGCAGAUCACUGUCAGCUCAUUACAGUGCAACCGACACAAGCCCUGGCGCUUCGGGAACCGCUUCAUGGCCCUCAUCAAAGAGGCCCACUGGGAUGGCCUGACCGGGAGAAUCACUUUCAACCGGACCAACGGCCUGAGGACUGACUUCGACCUUGAUGUCAUCAGUCUAAAGGAGGAGGGGCUUGAGAAGAUUGGUACCUGGGACCCUCCAAGUGGCCUGAACAUGACAGACAACCAGAAGGGGAAGACGACUAAUGUCUCUGAUUCUUUAUCCAAUCGAUCCCUGAUAGUCUCCACCAUACUGGAAGAGCCAUACGUGAUGUUCAAGAAAUCUGACAAGCCGCUGUAUGGGAACGACCGCUUUGAGGGCUUUUGCAUAGACCUGCUGAGAGAGCUCGCCAACAUCCUGGGCUUCACUUACGAGGUCCGCCUGGUGGAAGAUGGGAAAUACGGUGCCCAGGAUGAGAAUACGGGCCAAUGGAAUGGCAUGGUCAAGGAGCUAAUGGACCACAGAGCUGAUCUGGCAGUGGCUCCCCUCGCCAUCACAUACGUGCGCGAGAAGGUUAUCGACUUCUCCAAGCCCUUCAUGACGCUGGGUAUAAGUAUACUGUACCGCAAGCCCAACGGGACCAACCCUGGGGUCUUCUCCUUCCUCAACCCCCUCUCGCCCGAUAUCUGGAUGUAUAUUCUGCUGGCUUACUUGGGUGUCAGUUGUGUGCUGUUUGUCAUAGCCAGGUUUAGUCCCUACGAGUGGUAUAACCCCCACCCUUGCAACCCUGACUCGGAUGUAGUGGAAAACAAUUUCACCCUGCUAAAUAGUUUCUGGUUCGGAGUUGGAGCUCUCAUGCAGCAAGGAUCUGAGCUCAUGCCGAAAGCCCUCUCCACCAGAAUUGUAGGAGGAAUCUGGUGGUUUUUCACGCUCAUCAUCAUCUCCUCCUACACGGCCAACCUGGCAGCCUUCCUCACUGUGGAGAGGAUGGAGUCACCCAUCGACUCUGCUGACGACCUGGCUAAGCAGACGAAGAUAGAAUAUGGGGUGGUAGAGGAUGGCUCCACCAUGACUUUCUUCAAGAAAACAAAGAUCUCCACGUAUGAUAAGAUGUGGGAGUUCAUGAGCAGCCGGAGACACUCGGUGAUGGUGAAGAACAUCGAGGAAGGCAUUCACCGUGUGCUCACCUCAGACUACGCGUUCCUCAUGGAAUCCACCACCAUCGAGUUUGUCACACAGCGCAACUGCAACCUUACCCAGAUCGGAGGCCUCAUUGAUUCCAGAGCCUACGGGGUCGGCACUCCAAUGGGCUCUCCGUACAGAGAUAAGAUCACUAUUGCCAUCCUGCAGCUUCAGGAGGAAGGAAAGCUGCACAUGAUGAAAGAGAAAUGGUGGAGAGGAAAUGGCUGCCCGGAGGAGGAGAGCAAGGAGGCCAGCGCCCUCGGGGUGCAGAACAUCGGAGGGAUCUUCAUCGUCCUGGCUGCUGGACUUGUCCUUUCCGUGUUCGUGGCCGUGGGAGAGUUCCUCUACAAGUCCAAACAGAACGCACAACUUGAAAAGGCCCAAUGGCGACAACGAGAUAAGAAACAGGUCCUUUUGCAGUGCCAUGGUGGACGAGCUGCGGGUUUCCCUCAAGUGCCAGCGUCGGCUCAAACACAAGCCCCAGCCGCCUGUCAUGGUGAAAACGGAGGAGGUCAUCAACAUGCACACCUUCAACGACCGCAGACUGCCAGGGAAAGAGACCAUGGCCUAAAAUGGGAAUCUCAAUCACUUUUCCACCCUCUCUCCUGCAGCGAGGAGGUGUGCAGAGACACUGGGGCAAAGGGUGGGGGUAAAUGGUAAAAGGGGGUUGUAAUGGGGUUGCAAUGUUUGACAGUUGGGUUAUUUAGAAUGCGGAGCAGAAGUGCUUGGGAGUAUAUUGACAAAAUGUUGUUCUUGUUUCUUUAUAAAUAGCUAGGGAUAAGAGAUUCAACAAUAUUUCCUGUGGAAAUAACUUGAACCUGGGUGAAAUUUCAGCGAGUUACCUCAUUACUCUUACCACCUUGGCAAGGCGGUGAACUGGUGCCAGGAUUUUCAAAACCCAGGAGUCAAAGAGAGAGAGAGCCUGAAAUAAAUUUAAGAUGGGACAGAGGUGGUCCCUGAAACAAAAAUGAAAAAAAAAAAAGAAUUGGACCUAUCAUCUUUAGCUGCUGCUUGCUCAGUCUUUCAGUCUUUCACUGCACAGCUCUAAAGAGGCUGGCCGAGCAGCAUCAAGAGGGAGAUUACGCGUGAAUAUAUAGACGCUGGAGGAGAAACAUUUGUAAAGUUUAUUUUCAAAAGUUGUGAAUAGAAUGACCGCACGGGCUCUCGACUAAAUUAAACCCAAAAGCCACGAAGGCUCCCAACAUGUAUAGAGAGGCAUUGCUUAGUCACAUAUGAUAUUGAUCAACAUUGAAAAUGGAUAUACUGUAUAUCAUCCAUCAGGCAAUAAGUGAUAUCAUUUAUUUGUGUUUCAGAGUACUAACACUUCUAGUCUUUAAUGUAGGGGGUGGGAGGGGGGGGAUUUUUAGAGGCAGAUUAUAUGGUGAAAUACAAGCAGAGACUGCAGGAGUAGGGGCAAUACAUAGUGAACUGUUGAUGUCCUGUAGUCACUUAACAGAAGAUUAUAUGGAGGUACACACCGAUAAUGAAGCUUGGAAAGGCGUGGGUGCAGCUCACUAAGUCUAAAUUCACAGCAAUCACACAACACACAAACUCUAUUUAUUCAAAGUAUUUAUUGUUUUUAUUUAUAAAACUCCUUAUUUAUAUCUCUACGGACUGGACUUUCACUACUGCCGUAAACACACCUCACUCGACUCUUUAUGGGAAUACACGGUUUCUUUCCAUUUGCUCAGUGUCA